AUGAAAACACUAUUAUUUUUUAAUAGGGUAUGAGUUAUAAUUACAAUUAGAUUAUUAGAAGGAGAAGAUUUAUAUCAAGGAUAAAGGAAACGAAAUAUGAGUAAAUGGCUGCAGAAAUUAUGAAACAAAUAUUUAGUGCAAUUAUAUAUUGUCAUGAAAAUAAUAUUGUUCAUGAGCAUUUAGCAACAGAAAAAAUUAUUUUUGAAAAUAAAAAACCAAAUUCAAAUGUGAAAAAUAUUGGCUUAGGAUUUUCUUAAAAAUUAGAAAAACAAUCAAAAUUUAUUUUAAACAUUCUGGAAUGUAUUAUGAUAAUAUAUUUUAUAAGCCCCAUGUUAUUGAUU